AUGUCCUCGGGAAAGAUCCCCAUCGUCGACUUUGGUUCUUGGGUGGGCGGUAAACCCCAGGAGCGCAAUCGGAUUGCCAGCGACAUAUCUAAUGCCUGCCGCCAUGUCGGCUUCGUCUAUCUCGUCAACCACGGGAUCGAACAUAGCCUCUUGACCGAGGCGUUUACAUGGUCCAAGAAGUUCUUUGAUCUUCCUAUGGAGAAGAAAAUGCUUGUACCGCAUCCCCCUGGUUUUCUCGUUCACAGGGGCUACUCAUGGCCCGGUCUGGAGAAGGUCUCCCAGCAAGAAGAUCUGGCCGACCCCAGCGACCCGGCAACAGCUACCACCGACAUCCGCACUGUCCCGGACAUCGGCAGUGAAGAGCUCAUAGAGCAGCCAAACGUGUGGCCGGCCGAGGCCGACGUGCUCUCGGAGCUUUCCGGUUUCCGUGCGUUCAUGGUCCGCUUCUACAAAGAGUGUGCCGCGCUGUCUCUAGAGGUGAUCCACGCCAUGGCCUCGGGGAUGCAGCUGUCGCCAUCCGAAGAGGCGCACCUCAUGGCCUCGCACGCGGGUUCCUUGAACAACCAGCUGCGCCUGCUGCACUACCCUCCCGUGUCCGGGGCGUCCCUCCGUCGCGGGGAGCUGGCGCGGAUGCCGGCGCAUUCCGACUGGGGCACCAUUACGCUGUUAUUCCAGGAUGGGGCGGGCGGGCUCCAAGUCGAGGAUCCGGGUUCGUCGGGCCGCUUUGUGGAUGCAUCGCCGGUGGAUGGCGCUGUCGUGGUCAACGUCGGUGAUGCCUUGAUGCGGUGGACGAAUGGCUAUUUCAAGUCCACCCUGCAUCGUGUCGGUAACCCCCCAGACUACUCUGAGAUCACAGAGCCACAAGGCACGAAAACUGACCAAGGAGAUUUGACCCCAUCUCGCUACUCUAUCCCUUACUUUGUCAGCCCAAAUCCCGACGCAGUUGUUGAUUGCUUUGCUUCCUGCGUGACCAAAGACAGGCCACUAGGAUAUGAAAAAAUCAUGUAUGAGGACUACAGAAGGAUGCGAGCGAGCACUCAGUACUGAAGAUGCAAAGCCCUUGAUGGCAGUUGCUGUCCGGAGGCUUCCGUGCGCAGCCAUUAUGUUCUAGUGUAUAUAGUCUGUCCUGGAACGGACGGCUUCGGUCGUGGAUGCAGAUGGUGGUCAGACUUGUACUUUCG